AUGGCCCAUCUGGAAGCCUCGAAACUGUUCUCAGUGCAGGGCCUGGUGGCCGUCGUUACUGGCGGUGGCAGUGGCCUUGGCCGGACAAUGGCCCUAGCCCUCGACGCCAACGGCGCCGUCAAAGUGUUCAUCAUCGGCCGUCGGGAGCAGAACCUCAAGGAGACAGCAUCGCUCGCCGUCAACGGCACCAUCGUCCCCGUCGUCGGGGACAUCGGGUCGAGGGAAUCCCUGCAGAAGGCGUACGACUUCAUCGCCUCGCAGACGGAGCACAUCGACCUGCUGGUCGCCAACAGCGGCGUGUUGGGCCCGCGCAGCAACCCGCCCGGCAAGGACAGCCCGCCAAAGCUGCCGCUGGCCGAACUGCGUGAGCACCUCUGGCAGACGCCCAUGGAGGACUUUACCAACGUCCAGCACGUCAACAUCACGGGUACGUUCUACACGGCAGUUGCAUUCCUGCCACUGCUGGACGCGGCCAACAAGAAACGCCCUGCGCCGGUGCCGGGAGUAUUGUCGCCCCCGCGCCCGCAGAUCAUCGUCACCAGCUCCAUCGCGGGCUUCCUGCGCGCUGUCCCAACGGGGUUCGCGUACAACUUUUCCAAGGCGGGCGUCAACUCGCUGAUCAAGUCGCUGUCGACGGUGCUGGCCGGGUACGACAUCCGCGUGAAUGGCAUCGCGCCGGGCAUAUAUCACUCGGAGAUGUCGGACGGCCUGUUCCAGUCGCAGGGGAUUCCGGACAAGGGCAUCACGGACGGCACGGUGCCGCGGGAUACCAUCCCUCUGACCAGGGCUGGCAGUGAGGAGGAUAUUGCGGGCGUGCUGCUGUGGAUGGCAGGAACGGCAGGAGGAUAUCUGAAUGGGAAUAUUGUGGUGACGGACGGGGGGAGAUUGGGUCAGAGGCCGUCCACAUAUUAG